GAGUUGAUCAACAUACCAAAGGUUUCUUCGUGUCAAGUCCAAGGCCUCCUGCAACAAGUCGUGUGCUCAAGCAACGGUAUGGGUACGGUGUGAACUUCUGGCUGCUAAUUUUUAUGAUCUUCCCAACGAGAGCAUUUGGCAAAGCUCCCACGGGGUUAUAUGCCAAGCUGGCAACAACCAAUCUCUCUCUCUGAAAUUGUGACUUUUGUUAGCAAUGGCAGACAAAAUUUCUGACCCACCUGAUGGCAUCAUAGUCCGCAACAAACUGGAAUGUGCUAUUUGCAAGAAGAGACUUAAGAACCCAAAAGUCUUACAGUGUUUGCAUAACUUUUGUGAAAUCUGCUUGGUUAAUCAAGUGUCUUGUUGUGUUUGGAGUUGGAGUUGGUCAAUUACAUGCCCAUUGUGCAAACAAACAACAAAAACACCCGCUUGUGGUGUCCAGAAUUUGAAAACCAACUUUCACCUUAUCGGACAACUAGAGGAUGCACUGGUAAAAGAGGAAUUGUUAACUGAGGAGUUUAGUCAGCCGGCUUGUGAUUUGUGUGAUCUUGAGAAAGGGGCCAUGUCGAGAUGCCUUGAUUGUUGCAUGUACUUGUGUCUUACCUGCAAGACGGCACAUCGGCGCAUUGCUGCUCUUUCAAAACAUACGAUUGCCUCGCUGGACGAGCUUUGUCUAGGAGAGGUCACUAAGACCUUCCGAAGGGAAAAGGGAACGGAGGAAUGUCUAAAUGAUCACAGGUUCUUCUGUGAGACUUGUAAUGACGUGGUCUGCAAAGACUGUCCUGAAAUUGAUCCAAGGAGUGGGAGGAGUAUUUCUCCUGGUUGGAGAGGAGCAUCUCAGCACAAGUUUGUAAAAAUAGAAUCAGCUGCAUCCUCAAAGAGGAACAUAACCAAACAGAUGAUUACAAGUCUUCAGAAAGCACUUGGUGAUUACAGAUCCACCCUGAAGACCAUUGCUGCAGACAGAGCAAAUUUGGAUUCGCAGUCAUUGGCGUUAAGGGAGCAAGUUAAGGAAGCUGUCAGAAUAAUCACAAAGAAUAUUAAAGAGGAAAAAGCCCGUCUCUUCAAGGAGAUUGCCGACAUCCAACAGAGGAAAAAGAAAACUCUACCAGAAUGUGAGAAGAAUCUAAAGGCUACAAUGCAGCGCAUGAGUGAUUCGUUAGAAAUGGCAAUCAAUGUCACUGACACCGCUUCAGAUAAGGAUUUCCUCGGCUUAGUUUCACUCAUCAACAACAAUCUUGAAGAUCUGAUGAGUAACAGACCUAACGCAAUCUACAGUGGAUUACCAUGGUGGUUGAACAGGGAAAACAGCGGACAUAUUGGCAGUUUGAAGCAUCCAAGUGGUCGCUCUUAUAGUGAACUGUUUGGUUCAGUGCAACAAAGGGUUGGAUUCAAAGUAUCUUCAGCUGAAGCAACUAAGAAAUUGAGGAGGGUUCCAGCUCAACGUCGUUUGCCAUCAAAGUAUCUCCCGAAGCCUACUGCAGUUUCUGCAUCGACAAAACCAUUCACAACCUCCCCUCCAGAAGCUCCAAAGUUUACUUUCACUAAACCUAGUCAGUUGUCAUUUAGCUUUGGUCAGACAACAACAUUGGUCAAGAAACAUCAUGGGAAUAUUUCUCAACCAGAAGAAAUAGAUGAUGAUGUGAUCUUCAUCUCCGAGAAGCUUCCUACCACUGAUCAGCGAGCCAGAGCAGAGCGACUUCUCUUGCCUCCGACCUUCUUCCUGUAUGAAGAUGAUCCGCCCUGUCCCGGCUGCAGAGGAUGUGAGGAGGAAGAUCUGGCUGAGCGAGGAAUCCAACUCUCAGGAGCAAAAAGAUUUGCCUUUGCCAAGGCUGGUGCUCAACUUUUUGGAAGUGGAGGUGAUAAUUACGCUGGGGGAGACAAGAAACAAGACCCCAACUAUGAUCCCAUUAUACCCAAGCAAACCAUAGAAGAGCUGAUUGCCAAGUAUCAACCCAAGGCAGGCUCAGGGCAUUGCGAUGGUUGCUGGUUGCACAAUGAGGAGACAGCGAUGACCUGCAUCUCAUGCACAGCACCGAAACCUGUUGCAUUAACUCCCUCGGGUACUCAGCAGUUGAGAACCUUGUCAAAACUUGCUGGAGCAUCACAACAAAAAGCAGACCCUUCCACAGCUGCCCCUACCACAGCUACCCCUUCCACAGCUGCCCCUUCCACAGCCGCCCCUUCAACAGCAGCUCCCUCCAAGAGCCAGCCCCAACCGCUGACCCCAGUUAAACCAAAAGACCAACAAAAAGAGGUCCCACCGACCAAGGAGGGAAAAGGCUUUGUGUUUGGAGGACCAUCGACAUCAUCUGAUACCAUAUUGAUGGCUCCUAAAGAGAAACAGGACGCAACUCCUACCAGCAAAUUCACCUUCGGAAGUGGAUUCCAGAAGUAUGAUCUUGUUGCAGCCGGCGAUCAGCCCAAUCAACCAGUUGUGCAGUCAAAAUCGCCCAGUGAUGGCUUUACAGUCGGCACAAUGAACCUAACAUCCCCUAAGACUGAACCUGAUGCAGCAGCCCCUUCCACAGCUACCCCUUCCUCAGCUGUCUCUUCCACAGCCGCCCUUUCAACAGCAGCUCCCUCCAAGAGCCAGCCCCAACCGCUGACCCCAGUUAAACCAAAAGACCAACAAAAAGAGGUCCCACCGACCAAGGAGGGAAAAGGCUUUGUGUUUGGAGGACCAUCGACAUCAUCUGAUACCGUAUUGAUGGCUCCUAAAGAGAAACAAGACGCAACUCCUACCAGCAAAUUCACCUUCGGAAGUGGAUUCCAGAAGUAUGAUCUUGUUGCAGCCGGCGAUCAGCCCAAUCAACCAGUUGUGCAGUCAAAAUCGCCCAGUGAUGGCUUUACAUUCGGCACAAUGAACCUAACAUCCCCUAAGACUGAACCUGUUGCAGCAGCCCCUUCCACAGCUGCCCCUACCACAGCUACCCCUUCCAAGAGCCAGAUCCAUGCACCACUGACCCAAGUAAAACAGGACUACUCUCAAGAGGUCCUUCCAAGCAAGGAUGGAACAGGAUCUGCUUUUGGAGCAGUAUGCCUUUCAUCACAAACUCCCAAGAGCAGUGCACCUCCAGCAUUGUCCAUGCAUAGUGAGGAAAAAUCCAUGGGUUUUAAUUAUGCUGACAUGGCCAAAACAAAGGGAUCUCUAUUCUCCUUCCGCAUGGAUGUCAGCAAAACUCAACAAGAAGCUCCUGAGAAAUCAACGGUCAAGCCAAAAUCUCCUGGGGUAGUUAAGUCAGCCCAGCAGCCACAGUCACCUAGACUGAAUAAAAGUGAAGAUGGUGACCCCUUCAUUGAGCUGCCAGAAUGUAUCGAGCUGAGAACCGGCGAAGAAGACGAGGAGGUAAGAUUUAGUCAUCGAGCCAAGCUGUUCCGCUACAACAAGGAGUCGACUCAAUGGAAAGAGCGUGGUAUCGGGGACAUCAAAGUCCUGUCCAACCCAGACACGAAAAAAUAUCGCAUUGUCAUGCGUAGAGAGCAAGUCUUGAAGGUCUGUGCCAAUCACUUUGUCACUCCGGAACUGAAGUUGCAGUCGAUGGCUGGAUCGACAAAAUCUUUGGCCUGGAUGGCAAUGGAUGCAUCUGAGGAUGAAGUCCAUAUGGAACAGUUGGCUGUGAGAUUCAGAACAGAAAAGUUGGCCCAGCAGUUCAAGGAGGCAGUUGAAGCAGCCCAGGAGGACAUGAAGACAGGAGAAGGAGAUGCAGUCAAGAUUAAAGAUGGGGACAACAAAGAGGAUAAGACAGAGAAAGCUGAGAACGAAGACCCAAAUGUUGACGGAGAUGUAAAGGAAGAUAACGAUGAAGAUGACGAUGGUGUUGAUGAGGGGGAGGAGGAUGAAGGUGCAAAUGGUGAUGAAGAAAAAGAGCAAGAUGCCAUGGAACAAGUUGAUGAAAAAGAUGAAGAUGAACAAAACAAACCAACACAAGGUGGAGAAGAGCAAGAUGCUACAGCACAAGGUGACGACAAAUCCCCAACUUUCAAAUCUUGUGAUCCAAACAUGUCAAAGUCAUUCUCGGAGUUGUUGCGUAAUGCCAAUGCCAGCCACGCCCAGAAACAGAAGGAGAUGAGUGAGGCUGAAUCAUCAUCUAAGGACGGGCAGGCAGCCGGGAGUAGCAAAGAUGACAGCGUGACCAAGGAAAGAGAUGAUAUUCACUUUGAUCCGAUCGUUCAACUCCCUGAACAGUUGGAGAAGAUUACCGGUGAAGAGGACGAGAACCAGCUGUUCUGCUCCCGUGCCAAGCUUUACCGAUACGAUAAGACCUCAUCCCAGUGGAAGGAUAGAGGGGUCGGAGAUAUCAAGAUUCUGCAGAAUGUUAAGACGGGACGAUAUCGGAUCCUCAUGAGGAGAGAUCAGGUGUUCAGGGUAUGUGCCAAUCACUACAUCACCAAGGAUAUGGCCUUGCUCCCUAAUGCAGGCUCGGAGAACUCCCUGGUCUGGCGGGCCAUGGAUGCAUCGGACGGUGAACCUCAACCUGAGCAGCUGGCAGUCCGCUUCAAGCUGGCGGGAACAACUCAGCGCUUCAAGGUGACGUUUGACGAAUGCCAGGCCGAGCUGAGAAAACUAGAAGAUGAUAGCAAAGGAACUGAACAAGGUGGCGACGAAUCCCUAACUUUCAAAUCUUGUGAUCCAAACAUGUCAAAGUCAUUCUCGGAGUUGUUGCGUAAUGCCAAUGCCAGCCACGCCCAGAAACAGAAGGAGAUGAGUGAGGCUGAAUCAUCAUCUAAGGACGGGCAGGCAGCGGGGAGUAGCAAAGAUGACAGCGUGACCAAGGAAAGAGAUGAUAUUCACUUUGAUCCGAUCGUUCAACUCCCUGAACAGUUGGAGAAGAUUACCGGUGAAGAGGACGAGAACCAGCUGUUCUGCUCCCGUGCCAAGCUUUACCGAUACGAUAAGACCUCAUCCCAGUGGAAGGAUAGAGGGGUCGGAGAUAUCAAGAUUCUGCAGAAUGUUAAGACGGGACGAUAUCGGAUCCUCAUGAGGAGAGAUCAGGUGUUCAGGGUAUGUGCCAAUCACUACAUCACCAAGGAUAUGGCCUUGCUCCCUAAUGCAGGCUCGGAGAACUCCCUGGUCUGGCGGGCCAUGGAUGCAUCGGACGGUGAGCCUCAACCUGAGCAGCUGGCAGUCCGCUUCAAGCUGGCGGGAACAACUCAGCGCUUCAAGGUGACGUUUGACGAAUGCCAGGCCGAGCUGAGAAAACUAGAAGAUGAUAGCAAAGGAACUGAACAAGAAACCAUGGAAGAGAACACAGCAUCAAUUAGGACAGCAGUUACCGAUGCAGCAACCACCACAGCAGCAACGGAACUCUCUCCUAGAUCAGCGACAACAAUCACCACUUGUACAGCAGCAACAGAAGCUUCUACUGCAUUAACAACCACCACAGCAGCAACAACGUCUUCACUGCAUCAGCAAUAACAACAUCCUUUAUUGGGUUUUUGUAAUGGAAUAUUAUAUUCUACUUUUAAAACAUCUUUCCAACCAUGCAUUUUAUAACAAACGGUUUUCAAACACUUUACAUAGACAAACUUGACCGAUCCAAGGCAACAGGUCCCUUUAAACGCAACGUUUGUUAGCAUACAAAAAAGCACUUUGUAUAGGGUUAGUUUAAUUUUAUUUUAAGUUUUUAAAUUAGGCUUUUUAUAAAUGCUUUGUAGUUUAAUUAUAGAUGCAAGACACUUCUCACUGAUGUCCCAUGGAUUUCUACAAGGAGGUCUGCGCUGAAAUUAGUUGUUUUAUCAUUUCUGGGUAAAUUGAUUUUUUUUUUCUUCAAAGUUUCAAAGGCAUGGAUGUAAAUAAUAACAUUUCCUACAGUAUCUCGGGUGUUUUUUUAAACUUAAUCCCGCUUUUAUGGCAAAACAGCUUAUCUCUGUGCUUGUUUUUCUCAAAAUGUAAUUUGUAGAGUUAGGUUGUUUUGUGAUACUGGGGUACAACACGAGUCAUGCCAUCCUGCUUGCAUUUAGCACAUGCUCGUUCAGUGUUAAAUACAGGGUGAGUCAAAGAGAAAUUUACCGCAAUGGACCGAUCCAUUAGGCUCCGCCCAUAACGCACGUGUGAGCAAGAACACGCGUGCCUCUCCAAUGCCUUUCUGCACAACUCUGUCGCGCGUGCCAAGCAUAAUCGCACACGCAUGUCAGACUUAUUUGUCGGACCUUCGUUCCGUUGUGAUUGGUCAAUACGCAAUGGGGCAGAGCCUACG